AUGAAACAACAACCCGAGGUAAACCAGCAGCAGCCCUCACUCUAUUUAGAUGUUUACUGCCAAAACGAGGAGCCGUGCCUUCCUCUGCACACCUCCAUCGUCCUGUUUCUCCUUUCCUACUGCGAGUGCAAGUUAUUUAAAGUUUAUCUGGUCUUCAACAAACCCAGCAGCUCCGAGUCACUGAGAAGUCAGCUGCCAGAGUCUCUGAACGCCUCAGAUAUUCAGUCUGAGGCUCUCCCCCAGCUGGUGAGGGGCUGUCGUCUUCCUGCUGUUUUGGAUGAGACUCGUCGGCUCUGCAGGGCAGGACUGGCAGUGGUCCUUAGGCACAUCAUCAACAAAACCAUCGAUGCCGAUCCUUCCAGAAAUGAUGUACAGGCUCUGCUGGGUUUCAAGAAGACGUGUCUGAAGGCUUGCGCUGAGGUGAGCCGGUGGACUAGAUUGUGUGAAAUUGACAUCCCCUCUGCUGUUGAGGAACACCUCCAGAAUCCCACAAAUGAAGAUCAUCAGGUGCCCCUCUCCGUUCUCACCCUUGAGCGAAGGCUCGCGGAGCCCGUCAAAGUCCACAACGAUGACAAAAUCCGAAGACGGAAACUCCAGGAGCAGAGACGGGAUGAGUCCACCGAAAGCCAAGGGAACCUGGACUCUGAGUCCAAGCCCGGACAGUCGUCUCAGGCCUGUGAUGGACUUGAGCUCAGAGCAGCUCUGGCCAAACUAUCUGUGGAUUCAGUACCAGCUUUAACCACCAGAGAGAACUCUGAGAUCAGGAAAGUGAAGACAGCAGAUUUGCCUCUGUUAGAGCAUGUGUUUGCAGAAGGGCUGUACUUCACUCUGACUGAUGUGGUGCUGCUGCCGUGCAUUUAUCAGUAUCUGUGUUCCCUCCAAGCCCGUGCCGCCUGGAUGCUACAUCGUCUCCCCCACCUGGUGCGCUGGUACAGCCGUGUCCAGGAAGUUCCGGGGGUGCUCCGGGCAGCCAAGGCUUGUGGGCUGCUUCUGUCCAUCCCCCAAGUUCCCAUGUCCACCCUCCCAGCGCUCUCAGCAGAGGACAGCCCAACUAACCUAGUGGUGCAAGAGGAAGACCAGGACAUGACCCCACAGGUUCCUUUUGUUGGCGGCCCCAGGCCCACGAUGACUAAACUCAAAGAAAAUGGCAUCGAGGCUGUCUUCACUCCUCAUCCUUGCCCUUCCUGGACCCUCCCAUGGGACAGCUUACCAGGAGCUAUCAACCCCACUGAAGGGAAAAUGUCAAAUAUCCGAGCAGUCAGGAAGAUGCAACAGCUGAAUAACUUGGUUGCUAUGGUUACAGAGCUCGCCAGGCCAGGAUACACCAUCGUGGAUUUCUGCAGUGGAACAGGCCACGUAGGGAUUGUUGUCGCUCACAUGCUUCCAGAUUGCCAGGUCAUCCUCAUAGAGAACAAAGAGGAGUCCUUGGUCAGGGCUCAGAAUCGCAGUGCUGAGCUCGGUCUGGAAAACAUUGGCUUCAUUCAGGCCAAUUUGGAUUACUUCACUGGACCUUUUCACAUUGGGGUUGCCCUUCACGCAUGUGGCGUUGCAACAGAUAUGGUAAUGGAGCACUGCAUCCAGGCUGGAGCCGCCUUUGUUAUUAGUCCUUGCUGCUAUGGCUUCAUCCAGAAUGCUGUGAAGUUCACCUUCCCCAAGAGCAAAAGAUUCCAAGAGACUCUGACAUCUAAGGAACACAUGAUCCUCUGUCGCUUCGCAGACCAGACAGCUGUCCAGCUUCCGCCUGACAGGAGACUCAUUGGUAAACAGUGUAUGGGCUUGGUAGACAUGGAUCGGUCAUGGGCAGCAGAGACUCGUGGGUAUUCGGUUCAAGUAAUGACCAUGGAGCCUGAAAGCUGCUCGCCGAAGAACAAUAUGCUGGUGGGAAGGCCGCUGCAGAAGAGUGGACUUGAAGUCACCACGAGCCAAUUGGAAGAGCCGGUGUAUAAUUAGCACUUCAAGCUCUGGUGUACAGCAGAGCGUCUUCAGCAUUGUCAGGGUUUGAUAAAGUAUCCAGCUUCUCUGGCUCUUUGCUGUAUUGUUAAUGUUUUUGUUAAUCCACCAUCAACAUGUUUUUUUUUUUUUACAGGCUUAGUCUUAACCUCAGAAUAUAUACAUGUUUAUUAUUUCUGUACUGUCAAAGGUCAUCUUUUAAAGUUUAUUUCAGGCUAAAAGUUAGAGCAACCAUGCCAUGAUUUUUUUUUCCUCUUCCCCUGAGAGUUACACACUUUAGUUAAAGAGCCCUGAUCAUCUGCCGCUUAGUUGCAGCAAAAGAUCUCAAGCGUCUCCCUGACUGUAAUCUUAUGUUUUUGUCUUUGCCUUAACUGUGUGAUCAAGCUGUCAGCGUACACAGAAGCAGCAGGACUUGCACAUCCAUAUUGUGAAUGAAAUAUGACAUACGUUCACAUGCUGUUUUUGUAAAUAGUCUGUAUCCAGCCUUCCGGGAUGGCACACAGCAGUCGGCUACUUCUGAUUAACACAAGAAAUUCAGUGCUAACAACUCGUGUGCAUUUAAAGUGGGGGAUUGCCUCGCUCUCAUCUCACCCACCUCUCUCCUGUGCGUUUUUGUGAGAGACAGAGAGAGGUGGUUAUAGAAGGAGGGAAACUGGAUUUAAACUCGAGUCUCACAUCAGGUAAUAUAUGGCAUUUGUCAUGGUUCUACUGAGGAACCUGAUUAUUCCUCAUAAAAAAGCAAUGCGAGUAUGGUAUGCAUUCUGGAAUACUUCCAGCAGUAAUGAAUAUUUUAUGAAGCUGGUGAAAAGGUCAGCGUGCUUGAUUAGACGCACGGUGUUCAGAGCCUCGUAACUGGAAAUCACACAGCGCGCUCCGUAUUUCCAAUCCUGGCCACUGUAGACACAGUGAGGCACCUUAAGCUUGGAGUCUUGCAGGUGAAACUAGUCAUGUGUUUCUCUGAAAAAUCUAGUGCUGUCACCUUUGACAGUCUAUUGCGGCUGCUUUAGAAAUCUGGGGAGGUAGCCAAGGAGCCAGUUUUCCCGCUCCCACUGAAGGAAUAGAUGUGAGAGAGAUGCAGGCUUUUCCAAUGUCGAGCUCAUCUGAAUUCAGUCAGCAGAGUCAAUCUGUCCCGAGGUGAAUGGCCACAGACACAGCUCCUUCCAAGGAUUGGAAUUAUUUCAGAAGUCUACUCCCUGUUCAUGCUUGUGGCUCUGCACAAGUGCACAUUACAGAAAUUCAUAUACAUACAAAAGAAGGAAGCAGUGGCACUACUUAAAAUGUGCAUCAGAAAGAGAGUACAGAGGGUGAAGUCAGCUGAUUUAAUGUAAACACGGCAGAAUGGUAACCUGAGCGGAUCCUUUGUUUAGAUAAAACAGAUGAGCCGUGCUAGUCUAUUUUCAUCUAAAUGCAGAGACUCUCUUUUCUAAUGGUUCACCUCCUGAAACCUUUCUAUGAAUACAUUACAGAGUCAUUCAUAUAUUUAAAUGCAUUUUUAUUGGUGUAAUUAGAGGACUGACCUCAACACAAAGUCAGCUCUUUGUGAGUUUCUUGAAUGUGAAAUAACCUGUGACUAAACAAAAGUUGUUUGCAUAAAUUAUUGCUAUUUAAUCAGGGAGUUUUCUUUAUGUUAGUUGUUAAUAAUGAGCAUUCGAAAAUGCUUUUAUACAUAGUGGAGGGUCAGAAUUUGAACCACUGGAUCAGGUUUUUAAAUUCAGCUCUGAACAGCUUGCUGUGACACAAACCCAUCUUCCAGGAAAUGAUGUUGCUGCCAUUGUUUUGUUAACUUGAAUUUAUUAGUUAAUUAAAAAUUCAGCUCAUUUCUUCUGUUUUUGCCAACAAUUUUCCAUUUCAUUAUGCUGCAGUGUUUGUGGCUGGUUGCCCGCGACAGUUCACCGCUCCAUAUUUGGGCACCCUUUCUGUUGGUGUGAAUUUAUCCUCAGACCCUGUUAAGCAUCUUGGGUUACUGCAGCAGUCAUUCAUAUAAAGUCCAUGUGAAGGAAGUACAAGGGGCCUUUGCUGUGCUCUCCAUUAUCUUAAAUAUCACACUUUCUCUUUUAUGUUUAACCUGUGCUGACAACAACAACAAAAUGUGUUUCACUUGACUUGCAUAAUUUUCUAAUAAACAACACUGAGUUUAAUUAUUGGUGUCUACAGUGCUGGCAGUUAAUUAUGUGUAGUAUUUCCCUUUUUGGUUGCCUAGUAGGGCUCAGCUGCUGUUAUUUU